GACAACAUUUCACAUCACAUUACCUCGACAAGGUGUAAAUGGAGUUGGGAUAGAAAGUAAAGUCCUGGCCAAUGGGCAGAUCGGACUGGAGGUGGAGCGUUUUGUGUCCUACCAUCCGUUAAAGAGUAAAGAAGUUGCCUUCCCUGUCUUGUCACGAGCAUCGAGAGCAGAGAUUCCAAACAUUCAAAAAUCUCUCCAUCCAAAUUCCAAAAAGUCCUCAAUUAUCUUUUUACUGUGAAAUUUGUGCCUCAAGUGCGGAUGAUAGCUUUCUGGAGUGAUCCAUCCUGCUGUGUUCCCAGUGCGAGGACAAGUGCUCCAUAACUCGUACAGAGGAACAAUAAAAACUCUAAUUAUGGGAUUUUAUAGAGUGACUCUCCUUAUAGCUGUCGUCGCGGUUAUCACAGUUAAUGGACAGAAGAAGAAGGAGGAUGAGAAGAAAGAGGAGGAAUUCAAGUGCCCAGAGGGACAGGGUAAUGGCAAUUUCGCUGAUCCUGCCACGUGCAGAAGAUUUUACCAGUGUGUCGACGGAUAUCCUUACCUGAACAGAUGCCCCUCAGGACUUCAUUUCGACGACAUCAGUAAAUUCUGUACAUUUAAAAAUGAAGCACGAUGUGGGCCAAUACCAACGACUGAAGCACCAGCAACAGAAUCUCCAGCAGAUCUAGCAAAACGCUGUGACACAGCAAAUUGUGAUUUGCCUUAUUGUUUCUGCUCACGUGAUGGUACUAUAAUCCCAGGAGGACUUCACCCUCAAGACACACCCCAGAUGAUUCUCCUGACCUUUGAUGGAGCGAUAAAUCACAACAACUUCGAUCAUUAUCAAAAAAUCUUUAACAAGGAUCGACUGAAUCCUAACAAUUGCCCAUUGAAAGGUACAUUCUUCAUCUCUCAUGAAUAUUGUAAUUACAACAUGGUGCAGAGUUUUGCUCAUGAUGGCCAUGAGAUCGCAACAGAAACCAUAUCAUUACAGAAAGGUCUGGAAGACAAAGGCUACGAGGAAUGGGUAGGAGAAAUGAUAGGAAUGCGUGAAAUUCUGAAGCGUUUCUCUAACAUAAGCACGAGUGAAGUCUCAGGAAUGCGUGCCCCUUAUCUAAAGCCAGGAAGAAAUACCCAGUACAAAGUGAUUGAGGACUUUUCAUACAUUUACGAUAGCUCAGUCGGCAUAUCCCCGUUGAAAAUUCCCAUCUGGCCCUACACACUUGAUUACAAAAUCCCCCACGAGUGCAAAGCUGGCACUUGUCCCACCAAAUCCUUCCCAGGAGUUUGGGAGCUCCCCCUGAAUGCACAUUACGUCGAGAGUUAUGAGGGAGGGCACUGUCCCUAUCUGGACCAAUGCGUUCUUCACAAUCAUGACCCUGAGGAGGUGUUUGAGUGGCUCAAGGAGGACUUCAGCAGAUAUUACGAGCAGAAUCGAGCCCCUUACAUGAUGCCCUUCCACACCAAUUGGUUUCAGAUUAAAGAGUUGGAAAGGGGACUUGGAAAAUUCCUUGAUUGGGCUCUUACCUUAGAUGAUGUGUAUUUUGUAACUGCAACCCAAGCUCUGACAUGGAUGACAGAUCCUAAACCUCUGAAGGCUUUGAAUAAUUACGAAGGAUGGGCAUGCCAACAAAAGGAAAAUAUUCCCGGACCACCUUGCAAUAAUGCUAACAAAUGUGCUCUUGAUUUCAAACCUGCUGAUGCCAAUUUCACCACCACCAGGUAUAUGGAGACGUGUACAGAAUGUCCUAAUAAAUAUCCAUGGCUGGGAGAUGCUAAAGGAACAGGACACACUAAUGACAUUUACACUCCCGAGCAGAGGAAAAAGUAGAAACUCCACAUCAGAAAAUCCAAAAAUCAAAAUUAUAUGCGGUCGAGCUGAAGAAUAUAGAAUAAUAAUUCGAGAAGAGUUUCAUUUAUGGAGGAAGAUCGAAAAAAUCGAGUAUUUCGAUAGUGAACAGAAUGCCUCUUGUGUGCCUCAGAUUCAUUUGCGUUGUUCAUAAUUGUACGAAUGUUUAUUGAUGAAUAAAAUAUUGAGAUAAAUCUAAACCCAAAAUUUUCUCGUCAAACGAAAUGGAAAAUAAUUUUUUGCACAGCAGUCUAAAUUUAUUGUGGAUGCAAUUACAGAGCACUAAAGAAUAUUCGAAUUUACUCAUUGUAUUGGGA